GAGACUGUGAAAGAGUAUCAUUAAGGGAACCCAACAUGCCAUCCUCCAUUAUAGCUCUUGCUGCGAACCCCAACUAUUUAUAGACCCCCCAAGGCUCUCGAUCUUGCACGCUUCAACCACGACAAGCUCCAUCGCCUCUUCCUUCUCACUCGCUCGAUCUUGUUCUUCCUUCUCCUUCCCGAUAUCCUUAACCACGCAGCUCCAUAGACUGUCCUUUUCGCUUGUGGCUCAGCUCAAGACUCGAGCACAAGAUAACACUCUCUUAGAAGAGUCUUCUAAUAGAUUCUUUAGGAAGCUUUACCAGGUAGCAUCGAGCUCCCUCAACCUUUUUGGUCAUGGCCCAGAUGUCUGGCCAUCGUGAGAUCCUCAAGAGAAGGUGCAGGUUGGUGAACGGACCUCUCAUCGUAGGAGCUGGUCCUUCAGGUCUGGCUCUGGGUGCGUGCCUCAAGGAGCUCGGCGUCCCCUUCGUGAUCCUCGAGAGAUCCAACAGCAUUGCUUCCCUCUGGCGAAACCGCACCUAUGAUCGCUUAAAGCUCCAUCUCCCCAAGCAGUUCUGCCAGCUUCCCAAGCUCCCUUUCCCUGACGACUUCCCCGAGUACCCCACCAGGAACCAGUUCAUAGGCUACUUAGAGUCCUACGCUGCGCACUUCGAGCUGAGCCCACGAUUCAAUGAGACGGUACAGUCGGCGAAGUACGAUGACACAUGCGGUAUGUGGCGCGUGAGGACCACCGCGUCAGGCCCUGAGACCGCGAACAGGAGCGCCGAGGUGGAGUACAUUUGCCAGUGGCUGGCGGUGUCCACGGGGGAGAAUGCGGAGCCUGUGAUCCCGGAGAUGGAAGGACUGCGGAAGUUCGGGGGGCAGGUCAUACAUGCGAGCGACUACAGAUCCGGUGAGACGUACCAGGGGAAGCGGGUGCUCGUGGUGGGCUGCGGCAACUCCGGCAUGGAAGUCUGUCUCGAUCUCUGCCACCACAAAUCCUUCCCUGUCAUGGCUGUUCGCGACUCGGUCCAUGUUUUACCGAGAGAGAUUUUUCGGAAAUCCACAUUCGAGCUGGCUGUCUUCUUGAUGAAAUGGUUUCCGGUGAAGGUGGUCGAUAAGAUCCUGUUGGCCCUGUCCAGGAUGAUACUCGGGAACACCGAGAGGUAUGGCCUGAAACGACCUUCUCUUGGUCCCUUGGAGCUCAAGCACAUGCAGGGGAAGACCCCUGUUCUCGACAUAGGUGCGCUCAGAAAGAUCAAAUCUGGCGACAUAAAGGUAGUUCCUGGCGUAAAGGGGUUCUUGCAUGGCUCUGUAGAGUUGGUCGACGGUCGGGUCAUCGAUGUGGAUUCGGUCAUUUUGGCGACUGGCUACUGCAGCAAUGUUCCUUCAUGGCUGCAGGACACUGACUUGUUCAACAAAGAUGGGUUUCCAAAGCAGCCAUUCCCUAGCGGGUGGAAAGGGAAGUCAGGGCUUUAUGCUGUUGGGUUCACGAGGAGAGGGCUCUCUGGUGCAUCCCAUGAUGCUGUGCAGGUGGCAGAGGAUAUCAGCAGGGUGUGGAAGGAGGAGACCAGGCAGGCAAAGCAUAUUGUUGCCUGCCACAGAAGAUGCAUCUCACAGAUCUGAUCAAGAACUUUGUAGCUCCUGCUAAUCUGCUGUCGCAGUGACAGUACAAUUGUAUAAGAAUCAGAACAGGAGAGCCUCUCUGAAUGCAGUCCAAGUUUUUCGGAUUCA